AUGGUGUAUCAAUAUUCCAAGUGUACUAUUACUGCCACAGCCGCAAUCGAUGAUACUACGGGAUGCUUCUUUAAUCGUGAUCCGGACAUCUGUCUGCCCACCAGAGUACAAUUUCCUCGGAAUCAGUUAUGCUUCCCUAGCGCCAGCCAACAAUCAAUACUCAACUCUAGCCUUUUGCCAGAAGAUCCUAGCUCUACAGCUCUGCAAGGUUAUGACAUUGAACAAAAGCUUACCUGGAUCAGGGACAUCACUAAUGCCCCUGUAAACCAGCGCUCUUGGGUUGUUCAAGAGCGCCUUCUCAGCCCCCGAGUUCUCCAUUUUUCAGACAGACAGCUCUAUUGGGAAUGUGCAGAGUUAGAAGCCUCUGAAUCGUCACCAUUUGGAAUCCCUGAAAAGGAAGCAGUAAAGUUCAAAACCCUAAGCCCCCUUCAACAUCAGGAUCAAUAUCUCAAUGAUCUGGAUUUUGAGGUAGAGACACCAUCUCGAAAAUACGAGCGCUUAACCCGUGGUUUUUCGAUCUGGGGCUCAGCAGUAUCCGCUUAUACAAGUGGAAAAUUAAGUAAAGGCUCCGACAAGCUCAUUGCAAUUUCCGUCAUAGCAAGGGAACUACAGCCCUUGAUGAGACGUCCAUAUCUAGCCGGUCUCUGGGAGGUUGAUCUUGUAUCCCAGCUAGCUCCGCUAGUAGAGAUUCUCGAAGUAGUCAUAGAUUUUGUCAGCGAUGAUAAAUUCGGUCAAGUCCAAGGCGGUCAUCUAAACCUUCUGGGACAAACGAUCGAUCUUGAAGUCUUAGAAAGAAAGAGCAAAGUAGAAAGAAGCAAAGUCCUCUUCAAUGGCAAACUUAGCUCUGCAUGGAUAUUAGAGGAUCUUGCCAACAUAAGAACUGAGACUUCAACAAAUCAGUUAAGCUAUCUGCCUCUCCAUAUAGAUCUCUACGGCAACCAAUUUUAUAUCACAGGCCUUAUCCUGGAGUGCGUUGAUGUCACUAGGAACGAAUAUCGCCGUGUGGGACUGUUGGAGUACUCUAAAAUCAUUCCAUUCGGAUCCGGACACACCGGGAAAGUUUCCAUAGAAGAUCCAUUUCUAUCUACUAUUGGUGAUAUUGAACAGACAGAAUAUGGCACACACGUCUUCAAAAAAAGAUCUGCAGAUUUGCGAGAGAUUACGAUCAUAUGA